AUGACAGAAGUUGACUCCCUACCUAUACAUCUGCCCUCAGAGCUACCAUCCGCGGAUUUCGUCUCCGAAGGCAUACUUUCUUCAACCACCUCUACAGAAGUCGCAAAUCAUGAUGAGGAGACAGAAAUCACAAAAGAAGCAUCUCAACCUAAUAAUGGAAUGAAGAAAACCAAAACGAUAAUACGCAAGAAGCGGCGACCCGCGAGACCCCAAGUCGAUCCUGCUACCCUGAAGUCAUUGGCUGCUGAAGCUCCGCAGACUGGCACUAUAUUCAACAUAUGGUUCAACAAAUGGAGUGGUGGAGAUCGUGAGGACAAGCACAGCGAUUAUCGUGACGAUAUGGGAGGCGUUGGGAGUUUUAUGCGGCAGAAUCGGACGCUCUACGUUGGCCGGAUCCAUGUUACAGAUGAUAUAGAAGAAAUCGUAGCACGAAACUUUCAGGAAUGGGGUCAGAUCGAUCGCGUUCGAUGUCUUACAGCAAGGGGUGUGGCAUUUGUGACAUAUACAAAUGAAGCAAAUUCGCAGUUCGCGAAGGAGGCCAUGGCACAUCAAAGCUUAGAUCAUGAGGAAAUCCUGAACGUGCGAUGGGCGACUGUCGAUCCCAAUCCUCAGGCGCAGAAACGCGAGGCUAGAGCGAUUGAGGAACAGGCCGCCGAAGCUGUGCGACGAGCACUCCCGGCGGAAUUCGUGAAGGAGAUUGAAGGAGAUCCGGAGGCCAGAAAGAGGAAAAAGCUGGAGGGUGGAUUCGGCUUGGAAGGGUAUGAAGCGCCUGACGAUGUAUGGUAUGCUAGGAACAGAGCUUUGGAGAGUGAUGAUCGAGGCACGGCAUUUCUCGAAGGUGGUGAAAGGAAGAAGAUGCUCGAAAAUGGAACUCCGGAACAAGCGGUAAAUGCGCAGGAGAACGGCAUCUUGAAGAGCUCAACUAUUGCCACAUUACGACAACGCGAUGCUAAUCAAGAGGUAGCAGCUGCUCGUCCUAUUCCUCUUCCAGAAACCCGUCAACCAGCUCUCGUUGCUUACGGGAGCGAUGAUGAUAGUGACUGA